AUGACUUCGCCUACCACAGUUGCGAUUGCUGGGCACACCACAGCUUCUAGUCCCCGCCCUCACAUUCUCUAUACCGUCAAGGUCAAUAGUGGUGGAAAGGAGUAUGUCAGCCAUCGUCGGUACUCAGAGUUCGUGACUUUGCAUGACAUCCUGAAAGACCCGUUCAAAUUGCCUCCCAAGCGGCUCCUGGUGACCUACUUCAUCCCUUCCGCCUGGGUCGACGAUGCUCUCAUCUCCGAGCGCAAAUCCGGUCUUACCAAUUACCUCAACAACCUUCUCGCUUCGCCCGAUUUCAAGAACCAUUCGGCGCUUACCCAGUUCUUGUUGGGCGAAGAAACCUCGUCUCCACUCCUCGAUCCCAGCCGGUUCAACAUCAACUUUGAUCUGGAAGACGCCCUACCAUCCACCCUCCCUCGCAAGGCCGCAUUGAGUUUGGCAGCGACUAGGCCUACCGCUGCCGCUGUUGCUGCCUUUGCCGAGGAGGUCGAUGGAAGCCCAAAGACUAGCGAGAGGGCCAUGACGAACGCCGAAACGAUUGCAAAGGUGUCGAGCACGAUGAUCUACGCGGCCUACUACCCUGCAUGGAGCGCUGGAACCCAUCCCCCGGAGAAGUUGGAUUUCAGCAAGUUUGACAUAUUGUUCUAUGCUUUCGUUAUGCCCAACUCGUCCUCUGGCAUCACCUGGGAUGGAGGUGACAAGGAUAUUCUUCGACGUCUCGUCGCUGCUGCGCGCAAGAGCGGAUAUGGAACCAAGAUCGUCUUGUCGGUGGGUGGAUGGGGCGGCUGCUACUGGUUUAGCCAAGCGUGUUCGACUGCGAACAACCGAACCAAGUUCUGCAACGCCUUGAUGGAGGUGGUUAAUCAAUACGGAUUGGACGGUAUUGACUUGGAUUGGGAAUAUCCCAACUCGCCUGGCGCGGGCAACCCCUACAGUGCCAAUGACACUGCCAACUAUCUCUCGCUCAUGAAGUUGCUGCGCAAUGCUAUGGGUCCUUGCAAGAUCCUUUCCUCCGCGGUCGCCCACCUCCCCUGGCUCGGAUCGAAUGGCAGGCCUCUCACCAACGUGUCAGAGUUUGCCGCAAUCAUGAACUAUAUCUGCAUCAUGAACUACGACGUUUGGGGCGCUUCUGGGACGCCUGGCCCGAAUGCACCUUAUGGCAACCUCUGUGGGACGUCCAAACAACCUCAUGCUAGUGCCCAAGCUGCCUUGGCGCAAUGGAAGGCUGCCGGGUUCCCUGCCAACAAGCAACUCCUCGGUCUCGCACUCUAUGGCUGGGUUUCAAAGAGCACCAAGAACGUCCUCACCGGCGCGUUCAUGCCUACCGACGACAUGGUCUUGCUCACCAAAAGCGAGACCAGUUCCUUGGACGGUAACGGCGAGAUCACCUUCCUCAACGGCGCCCAUCCCCGACCCAAGGACGGCGCCAUCGCCCAGAGCGUCGCUGUCGAGAACGCAGACGGUGAAGGAUCCAUUGCUGCUGCUUCCAAGGACGGCGAUGAGGGCAAGAAGAAGGCUGACGGUCUGGUUACGGUUCAGGCGGCUGAUUUGAGGCGGUGGUGGGGCCAGCAGAUUCCGUUCAAGACGAUCGUCUCGUCCGGUGCCCUCGUCAAGAAGUCGGACGGCACGUACGGCCAGGGUGGUGGAUUCACGAUGGGCUGGGAUAACUGCAGUAACACGCCCUACCUGUUCAACACUGCGCAGCAGACUGUCAUCUCUUACGAUGAUACGUGGUCGUUGAACGAUAAAGCCAAGCUUGCGCGCGAUAGCGGCAUGGCUGGCUGCUUCAGCUGGUCCUUGGAUCAGGACGACGGCAUGUCGUUACAGAACGUAGUUAGGAAGGCUUUGGGAAAGUGA